GCGAGACUAAACUAGGGGGUCGCAUGCCUAACUUCGCUUGCAUCGACGGUAUCAGAACCUUGCCUUUCACAUUAGUCUGCGACCAUCGGUACGACUGCCUGGAUAACUCGGACGAAGAAUUUUGCGUUCACCGGCAGUGCUCCGACAGCACGUGCAAGGCCAGCGCCGAGUGCAUUCCCUACAGCGCCUGGUGUGACGGCAUGCAGCACUGCACCAACGGCCUAGACGAAGUCAAAUGUUUCCUUCAGCCGCGUCCAGCCGUCUCCCGCCUCCCACCUCCUGCUGUCGUUAACCUGGACGGCUACGGUAACUUUACCCAACAGCCCUUGCUGCCGAACCAGACGUGUCCUCCCACACACUUCCGGUGCGCGGGUGAAUCGGCCUACUGCCUUCCUGUGUAUCUUCGCUGCAACAAGAUCUUCGACUGCCCCGAUAGGGAGGACGAGGCAGACUGCGACCACCAUACCUGCCCGGGCUUCUACCGCUGCCACAAUUCCAUGGUUUGCGUACAUGCGCAGCACCUGUGUGACGGGGUAUUCCACUGCCCGCAGCAGGACGACGAGCGGCUGUGCGGGAUGACCUGCCCCGACAGAUGCCACUGCCAGGGCCUGGCCUUCGUGUGCGAGGUUCCUUUCAGGGCGUACGACCACCGCAACCUGCGAUAUCUCGAUGCCACGGGGACUGGCAUGACCCCGCAGCUCCUCGGCGACAAGUUUUAUCUCAUACACUUGAUUCUAGCCAGCUGUUCUCUGGAGAAACUUUCCGGUCUUCAGUUCCCCAACCUGCGUUUGCUAGACCUUAGCGACAAUCAUAUCGAGACAGUGGACAUGGAGAUCUUCCAUGGCUUGAAGAACCUCCGCAUCUUGCGUCUCUCCAAUAACCCCCUGACAUCCGUUACGGGUGCCGUGUCGUCCUUUGACCACCUGUACCUCAUGCAGGUUGAUCUGUCCGUGACGCAGCUAGUGACCUUUGACACUAAGCCAUUCUCUAACUUCACCAACAUCAGGAACCUCAAUCUUUCCUACACGCCCAUCGAAUCCAUUGGCCCAGUCGCUUUCAGCGAGACGGCCAAUCUUGAGGUGCUGGACGUUCGAGGUACAAAACUAGAACACUUCCCUCGGACGAUGCUGAAGCAGCUGAACAGUCUCAAGACUGUGUACGCGGAGAACUACAAGAUCUGCUGUAAGGUCACUUUGCCGGACGAGUUCGACAUCACCAAAUGCUUCGCUCCCACGGACGAAAUCUCCUCCUGCGAGGAGCUCCUGCGCUCCACAGUCUACCGCUUCUUCCUGUGGAUUUUCGCUACCAUGGCCAUCGCUGGCAACAUCGGCUGCCUCGUCUACCGACUCUUCAUCAAGGAACACAUUUCUCAGGCUGGCUUCGACGUGCUAGUGACCAACCUGUGCGUGUCUGACUUCCUGAUGGGCGUGUACCUGGUGAUGAUUGGCGGCGCGGACCGCCUGUACCAUGGCAACUAUAUCUGGCACGACAGCGCCUGGAAGGCAAGCGCCUUUUGUCAGACGGCUGGCUUCCUCUCCUUCCUGUCCUGCGAGAUGUCAGCUUUCAUCAUCUGCCUCAUCACCUUUGACCGCGUUCUCGUUUUCCGGUAUCCGUUCGGCGCCGUGCGAUUCCGAAGGUCUUCAGCGCGUGUGGCCUGCGCAUGCGCGUGGUUGGCCGGCCUGACCUUAGCUACCCUUCCUCUGCUGCCCAUCACAUCCCACUGGCAGUUCUAUGGGCAGACCGGCAUCUGCAUCCCGCUGCCCAUCACCCGCAACAUCGUCAACGGCCACCAGUAUUCCUUUGCCAUCAUGAUCGUGCUCAACUUCCUCCUCUUCCUGCUCAUCGCCUUGGGUCAGGUGCUCAUCUUCCUGUCGGUGCGGGACAACUCCAUGGGCAAGGAUCCCAUCCGGCAGACGCGCGACCUGGCCAUCGCCCGCACUCUCACCACCAUCGUUGUGACGGACUUCCUGUGCUGGUUCCCCAUCGGGCUGCUUGGCAUCCUGGCCUCCAUCGGGAUCCCCAUCCCCGAUGAGGUCAACGUGGGGAUGGCCAUUUUCGUCCUUCCCGUCAACUCGGCUUUGAACCCUUUCCUGUAUACCUUCAACACGCAGAUGGAGCGCCGGCGCCGUGCCAAAGAGGCGCAGAUGAUUCGUUGCCUGGAGAAGCGAAUCUUGACAGAACUGUACAACAUCGACGACAACCUGACCCGCAACCGCCGGCCGCCGUCGCGGAGGGACGCCAUCGACAAGAUCCGCACUCUCGUCCGGUCGCAACGUUCCUUCAGCGGUUCCUCCAUCGACACCUUCUCAAUCAGCGGCCGGCGCAACGGCAGCAAGAAGUCGCUGUCCAUGGAGGGUUUCCCCAUGGCCAGUACUCGCCAGGAGGCGCUCUCCACCAUCCAGGACAUCCUGGACCGUAGUGUGCUCAGCUUGGAGGACCUUUCUCGUCUGCUGGCCAACUACCAGGGACACGGCGUGUUCCGGAACGUUCACUCAUUUCCCAACACCCGCGUCUUCUCCGGGCGCGACGAUGAGGAUGAUGUUAUGUUCGACUUUCAGGCGGCGUCGGAGUGUUGAUGACAAGUCCUUCCUAUGAGCCAGGUGCGUGUGACCGUUCAGAAGUGCGUGCAGCGUGAACGUACACGUGACCGUCGAUGAUGCGUAAUGAACAGUUCCUGAGCUUGACUUGCUGAACUUGCUUGUCGCUGUUAAUGUCCUUCUCGUCUUUGCUGAUGAUGUCUACGAUAAUAUAUAUAUAUAUUCCUACAGGAACGGACUGGCGGCAGGAGAUAAAACAAUGUAAUGACGAUAUUUUAUAUGUGCAAUGUGGUUUCGUCUACUAUUAAAUUUUAAUUUACUUUUUGAAAAUUCCAGUGACUGUUCAGGUGUUUUGUUCAUCUCCUUCUCCUCCUUUGUGUGGUUUUCUGUCUUGUUCGCAUUUUCUUUUUCUUUAGUAUAAAAACGUUUCUUUAAAAAUAGGAACGAUAAAAACGUCUACAAUAUAGCCAAAAGGAGAAGUUUAGUGUGACCAUUAGGAGAAUGGUGUAGCGUGUGGUGAGAACACAGGUAGAGUUAAAAGUGUAGUUAUAAGGGUUGGAGAUGGUUGGGUAGUUGAGGGGGACUUGC